AUGGCCAUACAGCAGCGCCUCCUCUCCACGGAAUGCGUUGAGGAGUCGUCCCGCCUGAAGAAUUUUUCAGUCACCGUGCGCCGGAAGCUGCCGGAGUUUGUGCACUCUGUCAAUUUCAAGUAUGUCAGGCUAGGUUACCAUUAUUUGAUUAAUCGCAGAAUGUACCUCGUCGUCAUUCCGGUCCUGGCCUUGCUUCUCGGAACGGACGUUCGGAGUCUGAGCGGGGUGGAGCUCUGGCGGAAGUUAGGGCACAGCGCCGCCGCCUACGACGUCGCCGGUGCUGUCUCUGCUGUGGCGCUGUUCGCCUUCACUCUUUCAGUUUACUUCAUGUCGAGCCCGCGGGGUGUUUAUCUUCUCGACUUUGCCUGCUACAAACCGGAUGAAGAUCUUAAGGUGAGUAAAGAGCAGUUCAUCGAACUCGCUCGGAAGUCCGGCAAAUUCGACGAAGCGAGCCUCGAUUUUCAGCGUCGAAUCGUCGACUCGUCCGGCAUCGGAGACGAAACCUACUUACCUAAAUCGAUCGGCUCGCCGGAGAAAACCGCCACCAUGAAAGAAGGCCGCGCGGAAGCCUCGACGGUGAUCUUCGGCGCCAUGGAUGAGCUCUUCGAGAAAUCUGGAAUCCAACCUAAAGACGUCGGAAUCCUCGUCGUCAAUUGCAGCCUCUUCAAUCCGACGCCGUCGCUCUCCGCCAUGGUAAUCAACCACUACAAGAUGCGGAGCAACAUUCUGAGCUUCAAUUUGGGCGGAAUGGGGUGCAGCGCGGGGAUAAUCGCGCUCGAUUUGGCUCGCGACAUGCUUCAGGGAAACCCUAGCAGUUACGCCGUGGUAGUGAGCACGGAGAUGGUAGCUUACAAUUGGUACCCAGGGCAAGACCGCUCCAUGCUCAUCUCCAACUGCUACUUCCGGAUGGGCUGCUCCGCCGUGUUGCUCUCCAAUCGCCGCCGCGAUUACCUCCGUGCGAAAUACAGACUAGAGCACAUCGUCAGAACUCACAAAGGCGCUGAUGAUCGCAGCUUCAGAAGCAUCUAUCAAGAAGAAGACAACCAGAAGCUGAGAGGAAUCAAAAUCAGCAAAGACCUAAUUGAAAUAGGCGGGGAAGCCAUCAAGACCAACAUCACUACAUUAGGCCCUCUCGUGCUGCCCUUCUCCGAGCAGCUCUUCUUCUUCUCCACACUCAUCUGGAAGCUUCUAUUCGGCAACAACCUCGAUUCGAAGCCCGCGAAGCCUUACAUCCCCGACUACAAGCUGGCAUUCGAGCACUUCUGCAUGCAUGCUGCGAGCAAAACCGUGCUCGAUGAACUGCAGAGGAACCUUAAAUUAAGCGACGAGAACCUGGAGGCAUCGCGCGCAACACUGCACAGAUUCGGGAAUACAUCGAGCAGCAGCAUUUGGUACGAGCUUGCGUACUUGGAAGCCAAGGAGCGGGUGAAGAGGGGCGAUCGAAUCUGGCAGAUGGCAUUCGGGUCUGGUUUUAAAUGCAACAGUGUCGUCUGGACAUCAAUGAGAAGGAUCAAGAGGCCCGAGAGGAACCCGUGGCUUGACUGCGUCGAUCGGUAUCCGACAAGGGAGUCUUAGGCCCUGGAAAGGAUCAAAGAAGUGGUUUCAGUGACUGGUAACAUAGUUGAAUAGCAUCCAUGUUGAGGUUCAUGAAGAUCAAUGUAACAGAUACAUUACAUUGUUUUAUUAUAUAAUGUGCAAGAAAGAGAUCAAAUGUAGAUCCCAAACUUGUAUGACUAGAUGCACAAUCUCAUCAACUAGCACUCCAUUGGAAUCAAUUAUUAAUGGUAGAGAGAGAGAGAGAGAGAGAGAGAGAGAGAGAGAGAGAGAGAGAGAGAGAGAGAGAGAGAGAGAGAGAGAGAUUGAC